AUGCGUUCCCGAUCCGACUCCGCAACCUCUAACAACUCCAACAAGGAGCUCUCCGCGGACAACAUGGCCAUCCAAGUCACCAUCGGCGGCGGCAAGACGAUCAAGUUGAAUGUACGUCCAGUCCAUACUGUUUCAAACGUCCUCGAGUUUCUGUCUGCCUCUACCAACCUCCCUGCAGACGUUCAACUCAUGCUAGAUGGCAAACCUCUCGAUCCAUCUAGUACUGUGGGCGAACUCAAGCUGGAAGAGUCAUCAACACUUCAACUUUCAUCACCUACCCGAAGUACUACACCCGAGGAGCAGACGGCACCUUCUUCUCAAGAACAGCAGACCUCUUCGCAGCAACAGCAAUCCGCUGUCAUCAAGCCAUCCAUAUCCACACCUACACCCUCCUCAUCCGGCACCGCCACGCCCACUAAGAGAAAGUCCAACAAGCCUCGCUGCUCUAAGGAAGGAUGCAGAGCACCCGCCCAGCCCAUCGUAGGUGACUGUGGUUUCUGCCAGAAGCGGUUCUGUGGAAAGCACCGCAUGCUGGAAAGUCACAACUGCGAGGGUCUGGAAGACGCUCGUCGUGCAGAUAAAGAUCGCAACACUGCUAAACUUGAGGGCGAGAGGACUGUGAUGCUUCGCGGUCUGUAA